AUGGAAGGCCUUUUGUCUAACGAUAACAGUCCUGAGGAGGUGAUGGCUCCCACUCAGCUUCAGCGAAAUUUCCUUUCCAAAAUCACGUCUGUGUUACGAAGGCCUAAUAGCGUAAGUCAUAAUAUCAAAAAGCUCGAAACGUACCUAAGAAAUCCCUUACUUGACAUCAAUUUUGAAUUACUGGGCAUCUCACCGCUGUCAAAGGCGACAGCGAAAUGUAUAGUGCUUGAAAGGCUCUUGCAGCAUGAAGCAAUCGACUUGAACUUUUGCAACUCUGACGGCCGAACAAGCCUUUUCUUCGCUGUGAAAAACCCGCAAACCGAUUCUUUAAGGCUUUUGAUAGAUAAAGGGGCUCUCAUUGACCAAAAGGACAAUGAAGGCCGUACUCCCUUAUCACUAGCGGCAGAGCUUGGGUGCUUCGACCACGUCAAAAUCCUCGUUGAGUCUAAUGCGGAUAUCAAUUCGGCGGAUGGGAAAGGCUGGACGCCACUACACUGGGCAUUUUCGAUGUGUAAUCAUGAGACAGCGGAAUACCUCUUUUCGAAUCAAGACGUGAAUAACGACCAUCAAGAUGUCAGCGGUCGGACACAUUUGGUAAUUGCUGCGGAGGCUGGAAUUGGCGAAAUGAUAAGAUACCUGCUUGCUGCUAAAGCGACGAAGCAAAAGCGAUUUAUUGGGAUUGAACGCAACCUUCUGAUAUGGGCAAUCUUUCAACAGGAUGUCGCAGCUGUUCAGCUUUUGCUUGAAACCGACGAGAGCCUGAUCAAUCAUCGUGUUAAAGGUCGCACUCCACUCUCGAUGGCAACAGAGAUUGGAGAUUCUGAGAUAGCAGAGCUCCUCGUUAGUGCAAGGGCGGAUGUGCAUGCAUUAGAUGAAGCCAAGUGGCCCCCGUUGAGCGAGUGGCUAUUCAAAACUUAUCUCCCACCUGAUGAUAUUUUGCUCCAAGUUGAGCACUUUUCUGCCAAUAAUCAUCCAACAAAGCAGCCAAUCUUAUUACUCGCAGCAGAGUUGGGGCGUAUCGAAAUUCUGAAACUGUUGCUCAAUGCAAACGUCAACGUGAACUCGGUUGAUGCAAAGCGGCGAACAGCGCUAGCAUGGGCAGUUGAAAAAGGACAUGAUGCGACAGUCGAGAUCUUACUAAGUAUCCCGGGAAUCUGUGUCGACUCUCGAGAUGCGACAGGUCAAACACCCCUGAUUAUGGCAGCAAGACUUGACAGAACCAAUAUCAUGAACCAGUUACUCAUAUCAAAUGCAGCCAUCAACUCAGAGGACGAACAGAAGUGGACACCAUUAUGCUGGGCUGUUGCAAAUGGACAUGUGCGGGCAGUGAAGCUUUUACUAAGAGCAUUGGGAAGUUGUGUGGGCCACCAAGAUGGACAAGGUCGUACUCCUUUUUCGCUGGCUGCAGAGCGUGGAUUCAUCCAGAUCAUGCAUUUGCUCAUCGAAAAUGGAUCGGAUCCCCAUGUUCCAGAUAACGAAGGUCAUACGGGGUUUUGGUGGUUUCUCAGAGCAAGGCAUGAUUUGUACAUCAGCUCUCCAAAUAAUUUGCUCCGGCCACGGCAUGGUGGGGUUGUGAAUCCGGUCAUUCUCGCGGCUCUGAUCCGGGCUUUACCAACUCCAAAUAAGAAAGAUCAAAGCGGUCGUAGCUGGCUCUCAUGGGCGGCUGAAUAUGGUGACGACGAAGUGGCGAGGCACUUUCUAAAAGAUGAGCACAAGUCAGACAAAGUGGACAUAAAUAUUUGUGAUGGAACCGAAGACCUCUUUUCCCGAACUCCAUUGAUUUGGGCACUGGAGAGCGGCAACAAGGCUUUGAUUGAUAUGUUGAAAGACCGUGACACAAUCACUUUGCAUUUGUUGGUUGAAGGUGUCAGUUCAAUCGAAAAAGAGAAUGUUUUGGGAUUGGUGAUGACCCUUCAUAAGGCAGAGUAUGAUUUCAACCAGACUGACCAGGAAGGAAGAACCCCCCUGCACCUUGCAUGCCUCAACGAAAGCCAGGAGCUUGUUUCAGCUUUGAUCAAGGGCGGGGCAGAUAUAAAUUCCACAGAUUACACUGGCGAGACCCCUUUGCAAUGUGCUCUGAAAGUGCGAAGCAAAGCUCUCGUAGAUCUACUGCUUGACGCUACAUCAACAGACCUCCAGCCCGUGCAGUCCCAUGAAUGGUUUAACAUGAGAAACAGGAAGCCUUUGUGGGUUCAAAUAACUAGGAGGUUUCGAGGCCGCAACCAUGAGUUGGAAUUAAUCGACCAUGAUAAAUGCGACUGGUUGCCUAGAGCAAAGGAAGAAAGAUUAAGCCUUUGCGAGACAUCGUCAAAAUGGUCAGACUUACCGCAGACGCUUGGUGUUCAUAACAGACUCCACACCUUGAGUUGUUACUGGAGCUCUGCUCAUAAAGAUUACGGCCAUCGGUCCAUAAACUAUAUCUCGCUAGCCUUUCCUGGUGGGGUUCCGUGGGGAAUAGCCUGGAUUAGGAGGAGGACAGCGGAAGGCUAUGCCUACGGAUUUAUCAGCACGCUUUCUAGUGGCUGGGUUCCUAGAGUUCCAUUAGAGUUUUUCAAACUGUUCCUUAUAGAUUUACAGCAGCAAUGGAAAGCAAGCUGCGCUGUCGCCAAUGAGAGGGUUGAGUUACUGAGACAUGAUCAAAUCAAGAGACGUGGGAGGAGCCACGGCUUCAUUGAUGAGCUCGCCAAGAAUGCACUGGGGCGUGCAGAUCUACGGCAAUGCCUGAAAUCGCACAUUGAAGGACUCAAUAGAUUGGUUGACACUAACGUUCCAUUUAAGCCGGACUCACAGAUCAGAGCACUCAUGGACGGAAUUGACCAGAAAGUGACGGCAAAUCUUGACACAAUGGAACAGGCGGUACGAGAUCUGUUGCAAAUUGUGCGUAAACUCACCAAAGCCUCUCUUCUUCCCGGUACUAAAAUCAACCUAAUAGGAGCUCGCAUGGAUUUCUACAAACGAGGCGGCAAGUUUUAA